AUGCCUCCAAAAGCCGCUGAGAAGAAACCCACCACCGGUGGCAAGGCCCCGGCCAAGGCUCCUCCUGCUGAGAAGAAGGAAGCCGGAAAGAAGACUGCCGCAGCACCUUCUGGCGAGAAGAAGAAGCGUGGAAAGACGAGGAAGGAGACCUACUCUUCAUACAUCUACAAGGUCCUCAAGCAAGUCCACCCCGACACUGGUAUCUCCAACCGUGCCAUGUCCAUCCUGAACUCCUUCGUCAAUGACAUCUUCGAGCGUGUUGCCACUGAGGCUUCCAAGCUUGCCGCAUACAACAAGAAGUCUACCAUUUCUUCCCGAGAAAUCCAGACCUCUGUCAGACUCAUCCUGCCUGGUGAGCUUGCCAAGCACGCCGUCUCUGAAGGCACAAAGGCCGUCACCAAGUACUCUUCCCAAAGCAAGUAA